AUGGCCGUGAAGCACAAGGACUUUGACGUGGAAGACGUCCUUUCCCGGCUCACAGUCUCAGAGAAGAUUGCACUAGUAUCUGGAACUGAUUUCUGGCAUCUGGCUGGAGUAUCGCGUCUGGGCAUACCCGCGAUACGAACUUCAGAUGGGCCAAACGGCGUGAGAGGAACCAAGUUCUUUAAAGGAGUUCCGGCGGCCUGUCUGCCUUGUGGAACUGCCCUAGGAGCGACAUGGGAUGUUGAUCUCAUCCGCAAGGGUGGCGAGCUGAUGGGUAAGGAGGCUAUUGCCAAGGGCGCCUCUGUCCUACUUGGGCCAACUGUCAACAUGCAGAGAUCACCGUUAGGUGGAAGAGGAUUUGAGUCCUUUUCUGAAGAUCCUGUGCUUGCCGGAAAUCUAUGUGCCGCUUCUGUGAAUGGUAUUCAAUCUACCGGCGUGGCCGCCACACCCAAACACUUCGUAUGCAAUGACCUGGAAGACAAACGUAUGUCUAGCAACAGUAUCCUGACGGAACGAGCACUACGAGAAGUGUACCUUCUCCCUUUCCAGAUCACGCAGCGAGACGCAAAGCCAAUGGCGAUGAUGACUUCCUACAAUCUGGUAAAUGGACUUCAUGCGAGUGAGAAUCCUAAGCUACUUCAACACAUUCUUCGAGAGGAAUGGGGAUUCGAUGGUCUUGUCAUGUCAGAUUGGUUUGGCAUCUACUCAACCACGGAAGCAAUCAAAGCUGGGUUAGAUCUGGAAAUGCCUGGCCCGUCGCACCUCCGAGGCAUGCAGCUAGGACUGGCGAUGAGCUGUGGGAAAGUCUUGAAGCAUCAUCUUGACGCACGAGUCAGGGAAGUGUUGAAGCUUAUUAAGAGACUUCUUCCGCUGCAAAUCGAGGAGCGCGCAGCGGAGAAGACUAUCGAUUCUCCUGAGACGGCAGCACUUUUAAGAUCGAUCAGCGCUGGAAGCCAAGUGCUAUUGAAAAAUGAAGGCUCCAUAUUGCCAUUCAAGAAGGAUAAGUCGACUGCCGUGAUCGGUCCAAACGCUGCAUUUGCAGCCUACUGUGGUGGUGGUUCUGCAUCUCUUCUUCCUUACUACGCAGUAACUCCAUUACAAGGCGUCCAAGCCAAGGUGAAAGAUGUACGUUAUGAGCUUGGUGCCCCAGGCUGGAAACGUCUGCCACUUCUCUCCAACGUAGCAAAGUUACCUUCUGGCGAGCCUGGUCUGACCAUGAAGAUCUUUUUGGAACCCCCCUCGGAGGCCGAACGUACCCCAGUGGAUGAGUUGACGAUCACGGAGACGACUGUCAGUCUGUUCGACUACAAACAUCCGAAGGUGAAGGGUCACCUUUUCUAUGGAGACAUUGACACCACGUUCACACCAGAAGAGAGCUGCGAGUACGAAUUCAGCUGCUCCGCCGCAGGUACAGCAAAGAUCUUUGUUGAUGGCAAGCUGGUUGUCGACAACAUGACGAAACAAACACCAGGCGACUCCUUCUUUGGGAGUGGGACGAGGGAGGAAGUCGGGUCGAUCCAGCUCGAGGCUGGCAAGACAUAUGUCGUUCACGUCGAAUUCGGUACCCUACCAACCAUUACCUUCAAACGGGAUGGCGUAACUUCUUUCGGAGCUGGUGGCUUGAGAAUUGGUUGCUACCGAAAAACCGACUACGAGUCUGAAUUGAAGAAAGCAGUUGAUGUUGCAAAGCAGGUCGACCAAGUUGUACUUGUGAUUGGACUUAACGGAGACUGGGAGUCCGAAGGGUACGACAGGAGUCACAUGGAUCUCCCACCAGGCUCUGAUGAGUUGAUCUCAGCUGUUCUUGCUGCGAACCCGAAUACUGUGGUUGUCAAUCAGUCUGGAACGCCUGUCACCAUGCCCUGGGUUGAUCAGGCGCCGGCGAUCUUGCAAUCUUGGYAUGGUGGGAAUGAAACUGGUAAUGCGAUCGCAGAUGUCAUCUUCGGAGAUGUCAACCCUUCUGGAAAGCUGAGCUUGAGCUUCCCAAAAUGGAAUGAAGAUAAUCCUGCGUUCCUCAACUACACCAGUGACGACAACAGAGUUAUCUACGGAGAGGAUGUCUACAUUGGCUAUCGUUUCUAUGAAAAGAUUGGGAAGGAGCCUCUUUUCCCCUUUGGGCAUGGCUUGAGCUACACCACCUUUUCUCUCAAAGACCUCAAGAUUGUAGCCUCUGAUGAUCAUGAUGAGGUCGUUGUCUCAAUCGAUGUCUCGAACACGGGGAGCGUUGCUGGCGCAGAGGUCGUGCAGGUCUACGUUUCGCCCGUAGCGCCCAGCAUUGUUCGUCCGAAGAAAGAGCUGAAGGGUUUCGCCAAGGUUCAAGUUCCAGCUGGCGAGACCAGAAAGGCUGAAGUGAAGCUGUCGAAAAAGUACAUCACCAGUUUUUAUCAUGAGGGGAGAGAUGCGUGGGUGUCGGAGAAGGGGAAGUACAAAAUUUUUGUUGGUAACUCCAGUGCCGGCAGGAUGGAAGAGGACGAAUUCGAAGUAGGAAAUACGGUUAUCUGGAAGGGUUUGUAG